AUGGCCUUUGCAGCAACCACACCUAUCUCCUUGUGUUUCCUCCUCUUGGUUAUCUCCUCCUUCAACAUCUCAACUUCCGAUGACCCGACUCCGGCGACAUGGCCCCACCAAUUCCACUCAGUUCUUUUCAUGAACAACAGCGGAGCUCUCCAAAUGUUGGACCUGUGGUACGACUGGCCCAACGGUCGGAACUUCAACAUAAUCCAGAACCAACUAGGAAAGCUCAAGUACGACUUGGAGUGGGACAACGGAACCUCCUUCAUCUACACUUUGGACUCCGACCGGGAAUGCAGGGUCUUGCAUUUUGAGGUGGGCAUUCUCCGGCCUAACUGGCUUGAAGGUGCAACUUAUCUGGGUCAGCGCCAUGUGGAUGGCUUCCUCUGCAAUGUUUGGGAGAAGGUUGACUUCAUUUGGUACUAUGAGGAUGUUGUUACUAAGAGACCUGUUCACUGGCUCUUCUACACAGGGAUGAGUGCUCAUGUGAUGACAUUUGAGGUGGGAGCACAACUUGAGGACAAAGAGUGGAAUGCUCCUGUUUACUGUUUUGGGGAGGCUGUUAAGUUGGAAAGGAAAAAGAGCUCCCUGACUGAAGCUACGGCAAGUGAUUAUUCUCAUGGGAGGCUAGUGAGAAGAGUAUUGGAUGCUUGA